CGGGGGGCGGGCCGCGGCGCGCGGAGAAAAGCGCCGGCCCGAGGGCCAGUGCUGGGCUGCCGAGGUGAGUGUGCCAAGGCGGCAGCUGUGGAUCAUUCAAGCCCCCACCAUGCUGUGGCCCCUGCUGCUGUCACUGUUGCUACUGCCAGCCGUGAAUGGAGCCCAGACAACGCGGCCAUGCUUCCCUGGGUGCCAAUGUGAGGUGGAGACCUUCGGCCUCUUCGACAGCUUCAGUCUGACUCGAGUGGAUUGCAGUGGCCUGGGCCCCCACAUCGUGCCCGUGCCCAUCCCUCUGGACACAGCGCAUCUGGACCUGUCCUCCAACCAGCUAGAGACGGUGAAUGAGUCGGUGUUGGCAGGCCCAGGCUAUACUACACUGGCUGGCCUGGAUCUCAGCCACAACUUGCUCACCAGCAUCUCCCCCACCACCUUCUCCUGCCUUCGCUACCUGGAAUCCCUCGACCUCAGCCACAAUGGCCUGCCAGCCCUGCCAGCUGAGAGCUUCACCAGCUCCCCCUUAAGUGACGUGAACCUUAGCCACAAUCGGCUCCGGGAGGUCUCAAUAUCUGCCUUCACCACACACAGCCAGGGCCGGACGCUGCACGUGGACCUCUCCCAUAACCUCAUUCACCACCUGCUCCCCCAUCCUGCACAGGCUAGCCUGCCUGCGCCCUCCAUUCAGAGCCUGAACCUGGCCUGGAACCGGCUCCGUGCUGUGCCCAAUCUCCAAGACUUGCCCCUGCGCUACCUGAGCCUGGAUGGGAACCCUCUGGCCGCCAUUGGCCCAGGUGCCUUCACAGGGCUGGCAGGCCUUACACACCUGUCACUAGCCAACCUACAGGGUCUCCCCCAGCUGGCGCCGCAUGGCUUCCGAGCACUACCAAGCCUGCAGGUCCUGGACCUGUCAGGCAACCCCAAGCUUAAGUGGGCAGGAGCUGAGGUGUUCUCUGGCCUGAGCUCACUGCAGGAGCUGAACCUGUCGGGCACCAGCCUGGUACCUCUGCCUGAGAUGUUGCUCCGCUAUCUGCCAGGGCUGCAGAGAGCCAGUGUGGGCCAGGAUGUGCACUGCCGGCGCCUGGUGCGGGAAGGUGCCUACCCCCGGCAGCCUGGCUCCAGCCCCAAGGUGGUACUGCACUGCGGAGAUACCCGGAAAUCCCCUGCCAGGGGCCCAGAUACCUUGUGACGAAGGGUGUGGCCUGGGGCCACGUGACAGACCGCUGUCCUGGGCUUGCUCAGGUCCUGACUAACUUAUAUUUUAAUGUGCCAAUACUAGUGGGGAGUGUGCAGGUCUGUGUGGUGGCAUCACCACAGAACAGUGGGCCUAGGAGGGCCUUUGCACCUGAGCCCAAACCCCGGGAACAAAAUCUGCCUCUUUGUCCCUGCUGCCCACCUCCCUAUAUGUAUGGACAGAGGAAUUUUGAUGCCAAACCAGACUCUGGUCCCUUCCUGCUACCCUUCCCUGCUUGUCCCCUAAGUGCCUUCCCUCUUGCUUAGGCCAACCUGAUUCAUGAUGGGAGACUGGGUGGUAGCCACCACUGGAGGGCAGACUCAAGUCCACUGGGCUGAGUGUCCCUGGGGCCAGUUACUAGAGCAGGAGUUUCUUUUAUACUGUACCCCUUCUUUGCUCUGGGCCCAUGAGGCCUGUGUCAUCCUUUUCUUGUGGAAUGCUGGGUAGAGUUGUCAUUACAGAUGGAAAUGGAGGGAAAAAUCACAUUUCUCUGUUUGUGGGGCAGGUGAGAUAAUGAGGCCUAGAGAAGCAGUCCUGCCAAUCUGAGGUCCUGCCAGGCAGUCCUGUAUUUUCUUGUCUUCUCUAAGUCAUCUCCUCCUUUCCUGUCCUCUUCCUGGGCUACCCCUUGCUGUCAUCUUUCCCCUUCCACCAUUAUCCCCAGCAGCAGCAGCAAGACAAAUAAGGGCCUAAGAUGGACUGUGAGCCUAGUGACCAGGGUGUGGUACAGGCAAAGUCAGUUCACCCUUCAGAGCCUCCGGGAGCUGGGGCAUGCUAGUCUCAGGCCUGCUUGUUUCUCAUUUGGUGGGAUUCCUGACAUCAAGACUGGAAGUGUUUUCCUGGGUCACUGCAGAUGUUCCUCCAUGGAGUCAUGUGGUUAUGGAACACCAUCUGGUCAGGCGCUCCAAGGAGCCUCCUGGAUUCAGUCCCUAUGAGCCUGAACCCAACAGAGCCCAUUGUACCCUCCCUUGUGUGCGCCAAUCCAGCAUCUCAGCUUCCUGCCCUAAGUUUUUCCUUU